AUGCAGGUUGCAUCAACUGGAAUGCCAGUGAGCCUGGUCUCUGCUCUGGCAAUGCUCAUUCAGCGUUUGAGCCCUUCGGGGCGGAUUUUACAACGGCACCCUGGUGGAAUCGGAGUGUUUCACAUGGGAGUCUCCCUGUGGGAUGGUCGGCCCGGAUGGAAGGAAGGGAGGCUCGAAGAGGUCUUAUGCAGAGGCGUAAAUGUAGCAGCACUGAUAUGCCACAACGGAGGUGUGCCACGCGACAUUUCCCUACAAGAUCUAAGGGGCGGCAUGUUCGACAUGGACUUCCGGUUAUCAGAUGUGUGGUCGACACCUGUCAAGGCCGAGACCAAGAAGAAGGAGAUGCAGUCUAUUUUUGGUCAGGCAAUCGUUUAUGAAUGCACACGAAUGAAGACGCAAAAGAAGUACGUCAAGGUGAUUGAAAUGAAAGCGGUUGUUUUUCAGAAGAAUGAUGGUGAGCAGAAUCUACGCAGGGAAAUUCGCAACAUGGAGGAGCUGUUUCAUCCACGAAUUGUGAACUUGCUGACUCACCUCUUCGAGGAGGACAGAUGUUGGCUGGUGAUGGAUCUCGCUCGAGGGGGUGACCUGCACAACAAAGUCUUCGAUGAGUUAAACAUGUCCAUCAGCCGAGGAGAUGAGUACUUCCCGGGCCUGGGACAGUCCGAGCUGGCUUCCAAGCACGUGGCCCACCAGCUCCUCGAAGGCAUGGGGUAUAUGCAUUCCUUCGGGAUCAUCCAUCGCGACAUGAAGUUGGAGAAUGUGCUGAUUGUUCGCACUUAUGCCUACCCGGGACAUGCAGAAAGUGGUGUAGCAGUCCCAUCAGAGGUGCACGACGUGAAAAUCACAGACUUUGGGCUGUCAAAGAACAUGCAGCUUGGUCGCAGUGGUACCCUCGACAAACAAGCUCGUUUCAACGCUUUUCCAAGGCACAGUGCGCCUCUGUUGCGACGGGCAAGCUGCGUUGGCUCUCCUGAUUUCGUCGCCCCGGAGGUGCCGAUCAAGUACAAGCUUUGUUUUACGUUCACAAGCCUGCCCUGUGAAGGUCUUGUCUGGCAUGUGCGACCAGGACUCGGGACUUUGGAACCGAUCUUGUCCGUGAUGCAUGCGGCAACACUUGGCGACCUCUGCAAGCAAGAGACACCAACAGAGAAGAUGCAGCUAGCAAAAGCAUGGAAUCUGCGGUCCUGUGAUUAUUGGAGCUUUGGCGUGAUGACCUACGCCAUGAUCUGCGGGGAGUGGCCUUUCUCCAUCAGGUCCAACAAAGACUUGGUACCCGAGCGCCACAGAGAGGUGGUCUCCUCUGUCAAGGCUGGCAAACCGUGGCAGAAUGCCUCGAAGGAGGCGCGCUCUCUGAUCCAAGGCUUGCUUAGCAUCAAUGCCGCUGUGAGGUUCAGCCAUGUGGACUGCCUGCAUCAUGCAUGGUUCUCCAGCAGUGACUCCCAGAUUGACAGCAACAAGGUGACAAUCUGUGACGGGCUGUCUCCCAAAGAUGGAGCUCCUCGAGGUGUAAUUCAAGAAAUCAUUGGCUGUACAGGAUAUGCCGUUGACAACAUGCAGAUGAAGUUGGUCAAUGGAACCACCCUGUCGUUUGGGAGCAUGGGAGGUGACAUUGAGCAUCACUGGAAGCUCAGGCCAGACGAGAGGCUCGUCUCCGUGUUGCAGGAGGAGAGGCAUGACUUCCUGGGCUUGGCCAUAAUCUUCAAUACAUCCCGAGGCGAUGUCCUAGCAUUGCAGGGCUCACAAGCACGCAAGCGUCGAUGCUUUUUGGCUCCUUCCGGAAGCCAGAUCGUUGGCCUUCAAUUUCAAGGACAUCGGCUCAUGGGUAUCCAUCUGCGGAAAAUUUCAGCAGAGGAGCCAGCGGCUGUAGUGUCUUUGGGUGGACGUGUGGGGCACGCUGUGGACAAGGUCUGGUUUCGUUUUCGGGAUGGCAGUACUUGCGAGUACGGGAACUCGGAGGGAGGUGCGGAGCAAGGACCUUGGGUGCUCGAACCAGGUGAGCACAUCACAGCUGUCGAGCAGUUGGCUCGGGAUGCCUUCCUCGGCACAUCCAUAGCCUUCUACACCUCGCUUGGCAGCAUCUUCAGCCUGAAGGGUAUGGAGGCCUUCGGGUCGAGGCGCUUCACUGUACCACGUGGAAUGCAAAUAUGUGGGUUGCAGUUCGAGGCGGGGCCGAGCAGAUCUCAGAUCUUUCUAGAUGUCGACUUUGGCAGUUGGGCGCAGGGUAGCAUGAUCGCCUCGGUGACGACAUGCCCAGAUGACGGAGCCUUAUGGUAG